UUUCCUUGUUUUUAGAAUUCAAAUUAAAAAUCACAUAAUUUAGUCAAAACAAUCUUUGGAAAUCUGAUCAUUUAGAUCUUGCUCUAGAUAGUGGAGUUUUUAAGCUUUAAAAUAAAACUUAAAAACGUAUUGUAUUCUAGAAAUGUAGAAAACCAGUGAUUAAAGGAAUUAUACGGCGAAUUCAACAGAAGUGAAAAAACAAAACAAAAUUGUAUUAAUUGUUUAAAACUAAACUAGGGCAUACCAACUUUUUUUACCAUGUAUAAGCAGGAAAGAUUUUCAUUUUAACCCUCAUCUUGGACAUCUAAUAUUCUCCAUAGGCCAAUGAUCCACUGUCUUUCCUAUUGAAGUUCUUGCAGCUCAAAUACAAGAUGAAAUUUCGAGCCUUAAUAAUAGAAGCUGCUUCGAUGCGGGACUUUUUAAACAUAUCUUUAAGCUUAUCAAAAUUUUCCAAAACAUGCGUUCUAAGAUUGACGACCAAAAAAAUUUACUUCAUUGUUUCGGAAGAUGAUGGUGGACCUAGAAGACCAUUGGUUUGGUGUGAACUACCCGUAAGCUUCUAUUUUAAAGAGUAUAACAUUGUAGGUGUUAGCGAACUUUAUAAUGAGAUAUUCCUGGAAUUAUCUACAGCAUUGUUAGCGAGGUCUUGUUCAGUACUCAAACAAGACGUUAAAACCUUUAAGAUUAAAUUAACCAAUAAGGACAGUCCUUGUCUUACAUUAGAAAUGGAGUUGGUUUCAGGGGAACAGCAAGGUCGACAAUGUGUCCACGACAUUCCAGUGGAAGUAAUUUCCAGAAAACAUUGGUCAGACUAUCAGGAACCUGGUUAUGAUGAUUUUCAUGUUUCUAUUCAGAUGCCUAAUUUAAGAUCCUUAAAAAAUAUUGUCGAAAAAAUGAAGAAUAUGAGUCAUAGCCUGAUAGUUAAGGCUAACAAAGCUGGAAAGCUAACCCUACAAAUAAAAACCAGUACUGUAAAGCUUUCAGCACAUUUUCCAGGUCUGAACGUUAAUAGUUUUGCAGAAGGACAUGUCAGAGAGAGUGUUUAUGAGGAUGAAGAUGAUAAUAGUGCAGUAUCAUCCACAAUCGACAUAAAAAAAUUUAUCACAUUCUUGACGGGCAUGCAAUUGAAUCACUGCCAAGCAGUAUGUAACAUAGUUCAAGGAAAGAUGGUUAAGUUGUACAUGGAACAACCUGGAGCCUUGGCUUUGCAAAUAUUUUUAACAGAAUUAAACGUUUAGUUUUAUUUA